AUGUUCCUGGCUUGUCGGAGGCUUCCCAAAGUUGAGCUGCACGCGCACCUCAACGGGAGCGUGCGCCCGCAGACAAUUAGGAAGAUCCUGGAGGAGCGCUCCAGGGCGGGUGAGGCCCUUCCGGUGACUGAGCAGCAGUUGCAGGACAUUACAGCCUGUGGCGACCGCUCCCUGGCUGACUGCUUCCGGCUGUUCGACCUGAUCCACGUCAUCACCACCACCCACUCCGCCAUCGCCCGCAUCGCCGCGGAGGUGGUUCGGGACUUCGCCGAGGACCGCGUGGUGUACCUGGAGCUGCGGACCACACCCAAGGCGCGCCCGGAGUACGACAUGACGAAGCAGUCGUACAUCGAGGCCGUGCUGGAGGGCAUCGAGCUCGGGCUGCGGCAGCUGCCCGCAGCCGCCGAUGCUACUGCAGCCGCCAACGCCGCCAAUGCAGACGAAGCUCCUCCAGCCCCAGCUCCAGCAGACAUCAUAGCGGUGAAGCUGCUUCUCAGUAUCGACCGGAGAGAGGACUCAGCGGCCGCCUUGGAGACGGUCCAGCUGGCUGCCCGGUAUAAGGCCCGCGGGGUGGUGGGUGUGGACCUGUCCGGCAAUCCGUACGUGGGGUCGUGGGGGCAGUGGCGGGAGGCGCUGGCGGCGGCACGAGCUGCCGGACUGGGGGUGACCCUCCACGCGGGGGAGGUGUACUCCCCGGCGGAGACCGCCCGCAUGCUGGAGUUCCGCCCUGACCGGUUGGGACACUGCUGCUACCUGGAUGACUCCCUGGCGGCGGAGCUGCGGGCGAGUGUCGCCAUUCCUCUGGAGCUGUGUCUCACCAGCAAUGUGUUGACACAGUCAGUGACCUCCUACCCGGAACACCAUUUCGCGGAGAUGUACGCGGCGGGGCACCCCGUGGUGCUGUGUACGGAUGACUCAGGCGUGUUUGGUACGACACUGUCCAAGGAAUACGCCAUCGCAGCGGCGGCGUUCAAGCUGCCGCUGGGGGCGCUGUGGGAGCUGGCGCGCAGGAGCGUGGAGUUUGUGUUCGGGGGCGAGGAGGAGAAGCGGCGACUGCGGGGCCUUAUGGACCGGGAGCGUCCGCUGAUGUUGGGGGCUAAGAUCGAGAGGGGAAACGAUGAGGCGUGA